UUGCCUUGGUUGAGAAAUUUUCGCUUCCUGCACGGAUAAAUUACACAUCCAGAGCCAAGUUGAGAGAAACAAAGGGGUUUCGCUCGCUUGGAGAUCAAGGACAUUGACGGGAAUGUUACCGUUUAGUACAACCAAAUUAAUAGUUAUUCUAUAGAGUAGAAGGAUUAACUUUCGAUUGCACGGACGAACAUUUUUACGCAUUCACUAGCCAAACUGUUCACGCACACCGUAGGUUUUGCAACGAAGAGGCAGAGGGAAAAGAAGACAGGCUAUUAAACUCGUUCGUUUGAAACCCUUUUAGCUAAGAUACCUCCGGGAUGUCGGAGCGAGGAGGGCUCCCGCGGACUGGAGGUGCCCCCUCCCCGCACGUGCAGCCCUCCAAACCGGUCACGAUCACCUCGAAUCGCCCAGUCCACAUGAACCUCUACGCCACCUGGGAAGUGGACCGUUCUUCGCCAAGCUGUGUGCCGAGGCUGUUCAACCUGACGCUGAAGAAGCUGAUCAUGUUGAAGGAGCUUGAUAAAGACCUCACCUCCGUGGUCAUCGCUGUCAAACUACAGGGUUCUAAGAGGAUCCUGAGGUCCAAUGAGAUAUUGUUGUCUUCAGCGGGCCUGACUGAGACAGACCUUCAGCUCACCUUCUCUUUACAGUACCCCCACUUCUUGAAGAGAGAUGCCAACAAACUCCAGAUCAUGCUCCAGCGGCGUAAACGUUAUAAGAACCGAACCAUCCUGGGCUACAAGACCCUGGCUCUGGGACUCAUCAACAUGGCUGAGGUGAUGCAACACCCCAGUGAGGGGGCCCAGGUAUUGGGGCUCCACAGCCAGUUGAAGGAUGCCUCUGUACCCGUGGCCGAGGUCAGGGUCUACUCCCUCUCCAGCCAGCCCAUUGACCACGAGGGACCCAAGGCCAAAAUGUCUGAUCGUUCUCCAGACAUUGAUAACUAUUCUGAGGAAGAGGAGGAGAGCUACUCAUCAGAACAGGAGGGCAGUGACGACCACGGCCAGUAUCUGUAUGAUGAAGAGGAUGAGGUGAGGAAGAAAAAGCCUAGACGGAAGCUCACCUCCAACGCCUCCAUCACUAGACAACCCAACAUCAAGCAGAAGUUUGUGGCCCUGCUGAAAAGAUUCAAAGUUUCUGAUGAGGUGGGUUUUGGUCUGGAGCAUGUCUCUAGAGAACAGAUCCAGGAAGUGGAGGAGGAUCUAGAUGAGCUGUAUGAUAGUCUGGAGAUGUACAACCCCUCUGACAGUGGACCAGAGAUGGAGGAGACGGAGAGUAUCCUCAGCACACCCAAACCUAAACUCAGGCCAUUCUUUGAGGGGAUGUCCCAGUCCAGCUCUCAGACAGAGAUCACCAGUCUGAACAGUAGAGGGGGGAGCCUGGGACGAGAUGCCUCCUUCAGCCAUCAGGGGGAGAAGAUAAAACAGUCUCACAGUCGUAACUUGGAGGCAGAGGCCCUCUCUGAGACAGACACACUGGAGUUGACAGAUCAGGAGAUGUUUCCAGAGGGCCCCUGCAUUAAGGUGUCGGUGGCUGAGAAACCCUGUACGCCCCUGAAGAGCAGCAAGAGUGAAGGAGCACAGCACUCCCCCAGGUUGGACAGCGGAGGCCACACACCCAAACAGAAGAGACAGAGCAGUACUCCUAUGAAGGAGAGACAGCUGUCUAAACCAAUCAGUGAAGGGGUGAGGACCAACAGCUCUGACAGCGAGAGGUCCCCCGAACUGGGACACAGGUCACAGGUCCUGAGGAAGGCGGUGUAUGAUCAGCUAAACCAGGUCCUGCUGUCUGACUCUGCUCUGCCUGAGAGUCUCAUCCUGGUCAAUGGCACCGACUGGCAGGGCCAGUACGUGGUAGAGCAGUUGCAGGUACAGAGGCACCCGGUGGUGUGUACGUGUUCAGGAGCUGAGAUCCAGGCGGUGCUCUCUGCUGUCCUCACACGCAUCCAGAAGUUUUGUAACUGUAACUCGUCCAUGCCCAGGCCGGUCAAGGUGGCAGUGGUGGGCAGUCAGAGCUACCUCAGUGCCAUCCUGCAGUUCUUUGUCACCCAGCUGGCCAGCAAGACCUCUGAUUGGCUCAAUCACCUGAGGUUCCUGGUGGUGCCCCUAGGCUGUCAUCCUGUUGCUAAGCACCUGGGUGCCCUAGACAACCGUUACAGCUCUGCAUUCUUAGAUGGGGCGUGGGGAGACGUAUUCAUCCACUCUGAACCCCCACAGAACGACCAGUUGGACGUGGCAGGUAGGAUCUCUCAGUACAUAAGUGGAGCCACCGUCACACACCAGCUGCCCAUCGCUGAGGCCAUGCUUACCUGUAAACACAGGACGCACGAUGAAGAUUCCUACCAGAAGUUUAUUCCCUUCAUUGGGGUGGUGAAGGUUGGUCUGAUUGAGCCUGGUCCAUCCUCUACUGGAGACACAGAAGAGGGCGUGGCAGUGAGCCUUGCUGUUCCCUCUACAUCCCCUCCCUCCCACGGCUCUCCCGCUGGGCUGAUCAAAGAGGCUGCCACUCCCCCCUCCUCUCCCUCCAUGGGCGGUGCUCUGGCAGUACAGGGGAGCCCCAGUAUGUCCCACGGUGUGGACACCAUCGGGCUGCAGGUGGACUACUGGCUGGCGUCGCUGGCGGAGAAGCGACGUGAGGGGGAGCGGCGUGACACGGGUGGUAAGAACACCCUGAAGAGUGCCUUCAGGUCGCUGCAGGUCAGCAGGCUACCAGGAGGGAGCAGCAGUGAGGCCCAGGCCCAGGUCAGCACCAUGGCCAUGACGGUGGUCACCAAGGAGAAGAACAAGAAGGUUCCCACCAUCUUCCUGGGUAAGAAACCGAAGGAGAAGGAAGUAGACUCUAAGAGCCAGGUCAUCGAGGCCAUCAGCAGACUCAUCUGUUCUGCCAAGCAGCAUCAUACCAUGUUGAAAGUAUCCAUAGACGGAGUGGAGUGGAACGACGUCAAGUUCUUCCAACUGGCCGCCCAGUGGCCCACGCACGUCAAGUACUUCCCUGUUGGACUGUUUGGUUACAGCAAACCCCACUCCUAGGGUCCACCCUUUACCCCUCCCCCUCACCCCCCUUGCCUCACCCAGUCCCUUCCCACCUACGCACACAGACCCCGCCUCUCAGAAUGCCAUGGCACUUGUAUUGGUCAAUCACGAUGGAGGGUUGAGGGGCUGGCCGUUUUUGCUAUAUUUGUCUUAUUUCUCUAU